UUCUAAAUGUCAAACUGACAAAGUUUUAUUUUUUGAAAUGUGUAUUACAUUAUUUUGUCUAUUAUUUAUAACAUUUACAAUAAGUGAUGUAUUUUCACAAGACCUCUUACAUGGUGAAUGCAAAAAUCCAGACUAUGUUCCAAAAGAUUCCUUCCAGUUAGCUUUCGAAGAAAAACGUGAUCUAAACCCGUUCGUUUUCACCAAUAAUUUGGUACCGGAAGCUCUGAAAUUAGAUCUUAAAUCAGAAGAUACCCCUUCGGCUAACGAUGACAAUGUUAAAGUAGCAGUAGGUAGAAAUUUCUACGAUAUGGUGGUAAACAAUGGUAAGGACACCAUAGUCGCCUUGUACGCCCCCUGGUGCAAGUACUGUCAAGCCUUGUUGCCUCAAUUCGAUAACCUAGCAGAUAUGCUGAAGAAUGAAAACGUAGCAGUGGUAAAAAUGGACGCAUCCAAAAACGAAGUACCUGCUAAUUAUGAUGUGCCGAGUUACCCUACCAUUUACUGGGCGUCUAGGGAUAGUAAAUAUUUUCCAAAAAAGUACGAAGGUCCCAGAACUGCGCAGGCAAUGUUAAAAUUUAUCGCGCUACAUUCAACCCACGAACUUAAAACUUACGAUAGACGGGGUAGUCUUAAGUCCAUGUCAAUUUAUAAUGUUGGUUCCCAAAAUAUUGAUAAAAUUGUUAGUAAUAAAGUAAUUUAGC